CUCUUCGCUUCAAGAAUAGAUGCCAUGGGACAUACCCAGGUCUGGGAUGUCGAUGAGGAGCCUUUGCUGAGGCACUUUUGUCUGGAGGAGGAGUGCAAAGAGGUGCUCACCUGGUUCAAGGAUGCAAAUUACGAGAGACCGCAGGACUUUGCAGACCGAAUGAGCUUGGCGAAGCGACUGCGGGAGCUGAGCAAUAACUGCAUCAAGGAGCUGAAGAUCCAAGACGCAAUGUUGUUUGCCCUUGGAAGUCUGCACUGUAUUGACUUUAGCAAGGGCCAAUCAACCCUGCACUCCGAAGAGCAAAAGCAAGAGGUACUCAAAGCAACGGUCCCUCUUCUCAGCAAUCUGAGCUUGAUCUUCCUCAAGCGUGACGACAGCCACAACUGCAUCCGCGCAGCGAGUCUGGGUUUGACGUUUGCAGACAGGCUGGAGGAAAAACCAGCUUCUCUGCCAGCCAAGCUUCUAUAUCGUCGAGGUUUGGGGAAGAGCCAUGCAAAAGACUUCCCCGAAGCUCUGAAGGACUUUGUGGAGUCAGCAAGGUUGAUGCCCGAAGAUCGCGAGAUUCGACGAAGCUUGGAGGAAUGCAAGGCGGCAACCAAAGAGCAACGAGAUGCCUCAGAUGACAAGUGGCGGGGAGUGAUGAGGGACAAAGACGCAAAGGUAGCCAAGGGCGAAGCAUUUGUGGACCGCUUGCGCAGAGCCCCCCGACGAUAUGCUCGUGCGAUCAAGCGCCGGGCACGGCAGGCACUUGCUGAUAAUGCUGAAACCCUGUUGACUUUCAGCGUGAUUUUGCUCGCACCUUUGUUUGCUUGCGCCUUUGGUUUCCUUUUACGGCUUUUGCGGCGAACUUGACAUUGGCACCUAGCUUUUCAGAGAGGAUUUGGCACAGGCUGUGGAAGGAGACAAAAUUCUUUCCUGUUCGGACAUUGGGCUGAUGCUUUUCUGGAUCAGUGCUGGUCCGGAUUCCCGCGACAUUGCCUGCUUUUGCGUAAGCAGUAAGCAUUGCGUGCUCCACUGCCAUGAUGCAAGCGGACUCGGGGAUGAUCACGAUGGUGUCAGACGUGUCAGGGUGUUGCGGCCGCGGCCCCUGAAAUUGCUUACACAGUGUACACCGUCUCUAGGGUGCACGCCAAGAGGACCGCAAUGGACAAACUCUUGCUGAAUAGCUUUGCACUUCUUCAAAAAGAAUGCGCCACUUGAGUCACUUGAGUUGUACUUCUCUAUAUACAUUUGGAAACUUCCUGCCCGAAAUCUGACAUGGCGCUGAAUGGUCACCUCAGCACUGCAUGCAAGAUUAAAA